AUGAAAGAAUGUUUAUUAGGCUAAUUAAAAUAGACUACUAGGAUUCUAAUCACUCAUGCAUUAAAUUAUUGUAAAUACACUGAUUAUAUGUACUUAUUUGAAAAGGGAGAAGUGACACAGUAAGGGGAUUAUAGAAGUAUGCUCAAAAGUUAGUAGUUCUAGGAGAUUAAAACUAAGUUUAACAAUAACAAUAUUGAUGAUUUAGAAGAUUCUCAGUAGAUUUUCAAUCCUUCAGAUGAUCUUAAGAAACCUCCUUAUUAAGAUUGCAAUACCAAUCUUGAUUCCUCUACCAUUACUGCACUUUCAACUAAAUCUUCCUAAUAAGAUGAAGUGGAUGAUCUUAUGGUAUUAGAGGAGAGGUAAAAAGGAGAAAUUAAUUAUUAUGUUUUCUUGUAAUAUUUUGCUCAUAACGGAGGGUGUCAAAGCUACUCAUUGGUUAUUGUUAUAAUGAUAGUUUGGAUAUCUUGUUACUUGGGUUCUAGCAUAUGGAUUUCUAAUUGGGCUGAUUAAUCAUCAAAAGAUGAGGAAUUUUCAAGAAACACUUUGUACUUUUCAAUCUACUUCGCUUUAGGCUUUAUGCAAGCAUUCUUUGCUUUUCUAAGAGCUAUAACAAUCAUAUAUUAAUCGAUUAAAUCAGCUGAUAUAGUUCAUAAUAAAAUGAUGAAGACAUUGAUAUAUGCUCCUUAAUGUUCAUUUUUUGAGAGAGUGCCUUAGGGUAGGAUUAUGAAUAGACUAACAAAAGAUAUCAACACAUUAGAUACCGAGAUCUAUUGGAAUAUCAGUUGGCUCUACACUAAAGCGAGCCAAUUGAUUAGUAAUACAUUUCUAAAUGUAUAUGCAAGUACCUUCUUCAUAGUAUUUCCUAUUAUUGGAUUCUUUCUCAUUUGUUUCAAGUUGAACAGACUUUAUAUGAAAGUUUCAAGAGAACUUCAGAGAUUAGAAUUAAUCAGUAAAAGUCCUGUUCUGAGUUGCUUCACUGAAACCUUAUCAGGAUUAACAACAAUACGAGCUUAUUAAUAAACUCAUACUUUUCUCUAUAAUUUUUCAAGAAAACUAGACAACAAUAAAAAAAUAUAUUACAAAUAGGUUGAAUCUAAUGCAUGGUUUCUAUAAAUUAUGGGAUUAUCCAGUCUAAUUGUUAAUUUAUCAGCAAUUGUUUAUUGCAUUUAUUACACUCAAAAUCCAGCCUUUGCGGGACUAUUAAUGACUUAUGCCUCUAAUAUUGAUAUUAAUAUUCUACAAACAGUAGAAUCUCUAAGUCUAUUAGAAAAUGGCAUUAUUUCCUUUGAGCGAUGUUUAGCAUAUACUAAUGUAAAACCAGAGAAAAGGAAUGAAAAUAAUCUCAGAGUCUAGAAUUGGCCAAUUCAUGGUGAAAUCUAAUUUAUUAAUUUUUCAGUUUAAUACAGGCAGAACCUUCCUCCUGCAUUAACCAACUUAAAUUUCAAAAUUAAUCCCUCUGAAAAAGUCGGGGUUGUUGGUAGAACCGGGGCUGGCAAAUCAUCUAUCACUUUGAGUUUGCUAAGGGUCUUAGAAUCAUUAGAAGGUAAAAUAUUGAUUGAUAACGUUGAUAUCUCAAAUUUAUCUCUUAAAUAAUUAAGAGAAUCAAUCACAAUCAUAUUGUAAGAUGCUGUAAUAUUCAAUGGAACCAUAAAAGAAAAUCUCGAUCCUUUAGGUUUAAGAUCUGAUUAAGAGAUUUUAGACAGCAUAAAUCAAUGUUGUCUAAAUAGAUUAGUGAGUAAUAGAGAGGGACUUAUGACAAGAAUUUCAGAAGGCGGAGACAAUCUAAGUGCUGGGGAAAAACAAUUGAUUUGUAUAGCUAGAGCUAUCUUAAAAAAAACUAAAAUUGUAAUCAUUGAUGAAGGCACUGCAAACAUAGAUGUCGAAACUGAACAUAAAAUUUAAUAAGUUAUUUAAUAAGCAUUUAAAAAUUGCACUGUACUAACGAUUGCUCAUCGUAUAAAUACAAUCCUUCAUUGUGAUAAGAUCUUAGUAAUUGAUAAAGGGUAAUUAAAGGAAUUUGGAUUAACACAAGAAUUGCUAAAGGAUAAAAAGUCUACAUUCUAUUAAAUUUAUUAAGAUGCACUCUAAAAUGAAGCUCACUGA